AUGCUUUUCUCUAAGGCUUUUUUCGUUACCCUCGGUUUGAUUUCAACCGCCUGCGCGACUGCCCAAAGCGAUCCGGAUGUUAAGGGUGUUAAAGAUGGGGAUGAUAACACGAUCCUCCGAUCUGUCUGGAUCAAGUUCAAUGUGCGAAAGGGUGGUGACCGGGAAGACUGGUAUGGUCCUGGCUGCCACGACCUCCGAGGCACCCCGGAGAUCCAAGGUUAUGAGAUCCGUACCGCGCGGGGUGUCCGUGUCGAUAUUUGGUCGGGAUAUCAUCAGAGCGGCACCAAAUAUUCUCCAAGCUGGACUGGCCCGACCAAUGGACAACGCAGGGUUGGACCAUACCAUGUUGGAUCAUUUUGCAUCAGAUACACCUAA